CCAGUUACAUUCUGCCGAGAGUGAAAUCGGCAGGCAUGCCUUAGGAAACAAACGAAGAUCACAGUGCGGAGAAGUGAAAUUCAACAUGGCGGCGACCUUAGUCAGAUGUUUGCGUGAUACUUUGAAAAUAAUUGAUUGGGCAGUUAUAUCGGUUUUGGGACGCCCUUUUCCUCCAAGCGACCCUUGCCUGGCCGUUGCUCAUUAUGAAACAGCACCGGAAAAAACAUAUUCUUUGGAUAAUGUGUUCGACAGUGCUUUUCUAUGGGCUGUUCCCAAACAUAGGACGACUAUUGAAAAGCGGUUGAAACGGAAAUUUGGAAGUCCUGAUUAUGGAAUGAAGAUUUACCUUCCUAAAACAAAUUUGCUUGAAUGUAAUACAUGUGGCCAUCACCACGAAGCAGGAGUAUUAUGCUCACACUGCUAUGAAAAAGUUAUUGCAGAAACAAAGGAAAUGCAAGAGAAAAUUCAGGAAAAUCUUGGUCUUUCCCCUGUUGAGCAAGACGUAGUUGUUCUGUAUGAUAACGAAAGGCAGAAAGAACCUGAAGAAUUUUGGCAGGGCAAGAGGAUAGUUGAAAUGAAGAAAGAACGCCCUCCAUGGUUCUCAAAGAACUUAAUGCAGCGAUCAACUCAAUCUCCUGCAGCAAGUAAUGAUGUUAAACCUACAGAGUUGGCAUAAUGCUAUGAAUUGCUAUAGAAAGUUAAGGUUUUCAAGAUUUCCUAUUAAAGGCAAUGAAAAUAUGUAAUCAAAAAACUUCUUUAUUAAUGAAAUAAAGGAGAAUAAAUCCCCACAACUAUAAAAAUACAAUCUCAGCACCCUUAAAUAGUCAAUAAUCACUUCAACAAUUGGUAAAUAGAAACUACCAUCACAGACAAAGAACAUACAAAUUUUAUUUACCUAAAGCAACAUUGUUCCAGGUAUUCUUAGUCCUUGUAAACCAGUUUGGUCAGGACUGUCCUUUAAACUUUUGUCCACAUCAAUAUUGCUAGGCAAGGCUUAAUAUAAUCCAUAUUUGAAAAUGCAAUAUUUAACAAUUGGGAUUGCCGAGGUCAAAUAAUCAAAUGUACAAUACUUUACUUGUAAUUUUACAUUUUAUGAAGCUACAGAAAACUGGCAUUAAAACACCUAGUUUGUUUCAUUUGUUACAGAAUGUAAUUAUAAAUAUUCUAAUAAAAUCCUCACUUUGACCUCUACAUUCAUGUCGAUUGUUUUAGUAAGGGUUCACUUGGAUUUCCUUCUUAAUACUUACAAAUUCCCGGUAGUUAAACUACACAAUGUACCAGGGUGUUCUUAGAACUCUUAGUCAAUUGUUAUUAUUAAUCAAAAAAUGUUAUGAAUAGUUUAAAUACUUUCUGAAGUAUUACGUUCUAUUAUAAUACCAGAGUUUUUUCCACAUAAUGAACCAUUGAGUUUCAAUUAAUAAAAUAAAAAUUACCGUUUGCAGAAGUAAACUUACUUACAUUCCCUUGUAAAACAUAUUUUGUAUUACAUUUAUACUGUAUAAACUAGUCAUCAUAGACAAUCUUUCAUAGUGCACAAAGUUUUAAAUUGAAUAGAACAUAAAUAUAUCCAAACCAAAUUCUGUCACACUGGAACCCAGAAGAUAGCAUACUACAAAAGUAUUCCUUCCAAGCUACUGUUCUAGUGUAGUAAAAUAUUUUCUAUAAAGCAUCCAAGUUUUUAGGAACAACUUCAAAAUUAUUUAUAAUGGACUCAGGUUCAGGAUCUUCAUCAGCAAAAUGACUCAUUACAUGUUGCUGAAACUCUUCAAAUUCCACUGAUUUCGGAUAAACUUUGCUACACAGGGGACACAUCCAUUGUUCAAUAGGUGUUGAGGCAGGAUUUGAAGAGGCAUGAAAAGAUGCAGCUCGUUCACUUAGGCGUCUUGGUCCUGAGCCUCUCUUAAAUGAAGAUGGAGUUGGUAGUUCAGAGAGAGGAGGCUCUGCCACACACUGCAACUGGCGCUACAAAAGGUAAAGAAUUGGAUAAUGACUAUAAGUUAAAGUAGUCAGUCCCCACUGGUCAUCUGAAUACAUUUUCUUUGCCUUAAAUUAAUGGGUGCAAUACAUGAGCAAGUCUUGAGAAUGUUUAUCACUACAAAACGCUUCAAAUUAAAAGGUUACACCAUAAUAAGUUUUAUUUCUGACCAAAAUACUGUAAUAAUGAGGAAAAUUU